AUGGAAUCGCAGCAUCCACCUGUUCAGAAACUUGUGACCCCAUCGGCAAUCUCUCUGUCAGUGAGUCGGACCCAAUAUUUUAAACCAUCUCUGACUCCAGCUACUGAUUCCAGCAAAAUUCACCAGAGGGUAGAUACGAAACACAAAGGCAUGAGAGAGAAGAGUUUUCCUGCAGAACAGCGAGUAAAACCAUCUGAAAGCGAUGUGACCUACCCCAGAUUCGGUACUCCUGCAUCCAACGGUCUGUCUUCAGGAGGAGGAGUGGGUGGUGGUGGCAAGAUGAGAAGGGAGAGAGGAGUACACUAUGUAUCAAAACCUGAACAAGAACAACAGGAAGUGGAGGAGCCAGUACUGCCGAAAGUACCCCUACCCAUCAGUACUGCGUCACUGCCUUCGUUCAGCUUCAGUUUUCUUACCAGUAGUACUGUCUCAUCGUCACCAAGCACUGUUUCAACAGCAGCGAUGAACAAGGUACAACCAGCAAGUAAUGUUGGCAGUCCUGUGUUCCGGUUUUCAUCUCCAAUUGUGAAAUCUACUGAGGCGGAAGUGCUACCUCCGUUGUCUAUUGGGUUUACAUUUAGUGUUCCCGUUGUAAAAUCAGCAGAGCUUUCUGGAUCCAGUGAUACGCCGGUGACGUCCUUACUUGCUCUAGAUACCGCCACUGUAAACAGCACCAGCAAUAAGAAGGAAAAAGAAGAAUACGAUGGCCCCUCCAAACCUGCGAAGGUCUUAAAGGAAGGAAGUGUGUUGGACAUUCUAAAAAGCCCUGGCUUUACGUCUGUGAAAACACACUCCUCUACAUCUGCACAGCCUACUACAAGCACAGUGGUCUAUACAAGGCCUGCAAUAAGUAGUUUUUCGGCAGGUAAAGACACCUCUAAACAAGCAUCCUCAUUUUGGCAGUCUGACACACAUGACCCAUGCCUGCAAAACAAAACCACAGAUGGCAAAUGUGUAACAUGUGAAGCUGCUCAAGUGUCAACAGUUGAGAGUACGAAACAGACGAUAAGCUCAACUCAAUGUGUUGCCUCUAAGGCAGCACUCCCCGCAGCAGGGACAUUGGGCUUUGAAGACAAAUUUAAAACAGCACCCAACACGUGGGAUUGUGAUACCUGUCUGGUCCAGAACAAACCCGAAGCUACAAAAUGUGUAGCAUGCGAGACACCAAAGCCUGGAACAGGAGUAAUGCCUGCUCUGACAUUGCCAGUGGUCCCAGACAACUCGGUGACAGUGACAUCCUCCUCCAGCACCACUGACACAACACUCACUCUGGGGUUUGGAGACAAAUUUAAGAAGCCAAAAGGCUCUUGGGAAUGUGUGGUGUGCCUUGUAUCAAAUAAGGCAGAAGACAGCAAAUGUGUAGCUUGUCAGUCCGAGAAACCAGGGAGUUCAGUGCCUGUGACCAGUAGCAGUGUUUCUGCAUUCUCUGCUGCUUCUGGAGGAUUUCUGGAUUUAGACAAAUUCAAGAAGCCUGAAGGAAGCUGGGAUUGUGAGGUCUGCUUGGUCCAAAACAAAGCAGAAGCCACAAAAUGUGUAGCCUGUGAAAGUGCAAAACCAGGCACCAAAGCAGAGCUCAAAGGUUUUGGUACUGCUGCUGUGUCCACAAAUGCUGCGAUGCCAUCACUUACAUUCGGUGUCCAGUCGUCCUCCGCGGAAUCUUCUCAUACGUUAGGUAGCACAGGAAAUUUUAAAUUUGGAGAGCAAGGGAGCUUCAAGUUUGGCAUUGCAUCUGAAUCUGCAUCCUCCAACGCUGUGACUGGGGGAUUUAAGUUUCCUACUAGUUCAGGGAACUUCAAAUUUGGAGUUUCUUCCUCAGAUUCUAAAUCAGAAGACAGUAAAAAAGAAGGUAAAAGUAACAGUUUUACCUUUGGAAUUCCAUCUACAGGCAGUCAGGCUCCUUCAACAUUUCAGUUUGGGACAGCGAGCCUGGGACAGCAGGAAAAGAAAGAGGAACCAGUUUUGGGAGGCUUUGGUUUUGGCACAAGUUCUGCUUCUUCCAUAGCUACCAACGAGAAUAAAACCGGAGUCAGUGGCUUCACUUUUGGAACUGUGGCAGAAAAGGAGGCAGCAUCACCUGCUUUCCCAUUUAAGAAGUCAGACGAGAAAAAGGAUGAAAGUCUUUCAACAAAGGGAGGCUUCUCUUUCGGCAGUGUGGAGUCUGCACCUGCCUCACAGUUUGUUUUGGGAAGGACAGAAGAGAAACAGGACUCUGUCACUUCUGCCACUCCAUUAACAUUUGGAAAGAAAGCUGACAAUGAAGAGUUAAAGGCACAGCCCAUCUUUUCAGCUGGGACAGCUGAGCAUACCAAAGAGGAGAGCACAGCAAAACCUAUAUUCAAUUUUAGUUUUGUUAAACCAGCGGAGAAGGAAAGUGAGCAGGCAAAGCCAUCUUUUACGUUCGGGGCACAAACCAGUACUGCAGAUCAAGGAGCAGCAAAGCCGUCCUUCAGCUUCUUGAGCUCUAGUUCCUCCAGCACAGUCGUACCCACCACUUCAGCCAACAGCAGCAGUGUGUUUGGCAGCGCCAUCUCUUCCUCAAAUCCUCAGCCGGUUCCCACUCCCUUCGUGUUUGGACAACCCAGCAACACUGUGAGCAGCUCUGUUUUUGGCAGUUCUGCAGAAUCUGCAGCAUCCCAGUCAUUUGGCUUCUCUCAAGAAAACAAACCAGCAACCACAUCUUCCAGCACCGGCACAGCUAUUGCUUCGUUUCUCUUUGGUUCGGGAGCCAGCAGUACCAACACAGCAAAUUCAGGCUUUACCUUUGGCGCCACAACCACAUCAAGUUCAACAGGGUCGUCCUCUUCGUUUCUGUUUGGCUCUGGGCCUCCAGCGCCUGCCGCCGGCCCAGCCUUUGGCGCCAGUCAGCCACCAGCAUUUGGCCAGAGCCAAGGGUCUGGCCAGCCGAGCGCUCCAAGUUUUGGAUCGCUGUCGACAACACUGUUUUCGGCUGGCGCUCAGCCUGCUGCUCCUCCUGCCUUCGGCUCGGUGACGAGCAGUACUCAGCCCGCUGUGUUCGGACAGCCGGCGACCCAACAGCCAGGCUUUGGCUCUGCUACCCCCAGUGCUGGUUCCGUGUUCCAGUUUGGAAGUAAUACUUCUAAUUUCAACUUUCCAAAUAACCCAGGCGUAUUCACUUUCGGUGCAAACCCUCCUGCGCCAGCAGCACCGGCCCAGCCUUCAGGCUCAUCGGGAUUUUCAUUCAGCCAGCCUCCAGCGUUCACAGUGGGGACUAAUGGGAAAAAUGUUUUCUCUGCCUCCGGAUCUUCAGUUUCUGGUCGGAAGAUAAAGACUGCAGUUAGACGUAGAAAAUAAUCGCCCGGUUGGCAAAGCAACUGUCGAAGCAGCUCCUGCCCUGCAUUGUUCAGUUGUUGGGAUCGUACC